GCUGAAUCAUUGCUGGCCAGUCUGGCCGCGAGAGCUCUCUGUCCCUCUUUGAAAAGUCUCUCUCUCUCUCUCUCUUCUUGACUUGUAGCCGUCUCGGUCGUCUCGUCUGUCCUUGCGGCAUUGUUGGCCGCCUCGUGUCUUGCCAGCCGCGCCGGGAGAGGCUAGGCUAGCUAGGGGCCGGGGAAGACCGGAAGAGGCCGCCGGCAGAUCCGCCAUGAGCAGCGAUCAGAUGAGCGAUGUUCCUGGAGGCUACUUCGUAGGCCGUCCAUCCAACCACGCCGCCGACAAGACGGAAGAGCCACCGCACGCCGCCGGCGAGCAGAACCCGGCGACCGCGCAAACUCCUGGCGAUUACUUCGUUGGGCGUCCGGAGAGCCAUCACAAGCAGCAAACCACCACUAAGCACAGCACACCAAGCUUCUUGGCCAAAUGUUCACAACUCUACAUCGACGUUCUUGCGUAGCAACUGCCGACUGAUCAAUGCUUCCCGUAUCUAGCUAAUCUGUUUCCUUCUUCUCCGUCUCCGGGCUGCAGCUGUCCGUGCCUCGCCGGCGGUGGAGCUGCGGAAUAGAUCAAGCAGUGCCUCCUGCAGCCCUGCUAUGAACUGUGCACAGGAGGAUUGGAGUAAAUUUGGGAUGAGGCUCUACAAAUCAAAUCAAAUGUAUCUGAAUUGCAACUUGUUGUGCUCUGGAAGCUACUCUUGUUUGCUUUCCUCAUUGUUCCACUUUUGAUCACUUAUUUAUACACAUCCUUGUGCAUCCAUAACAUCGUCACGUAGUAGUUCAAAUAGAUCUAACCAGCUGAUUAAUUUAAUUAUUCUCUCCCCCCUUCAAACGAUAUGCUUUCAUUUCAAAAAAAAAUGUCAAUGUGUAAUUGUAUAUUACUAUUUACUUUGCUUGCGGCUAUUGUGAACUUGUAUGAA